CCUAUGACGCAUGCGUGUUGCGUAAGUCAGAAGGACGUCUGUCUGGGAGACGACAGAAGGAUAAUCUGGUGAUGGCGAAGUACCUUGUGCAGGCUGUGGUGUUGGGAGUCCAGGUGGUGGGACGAGCCUUCAGCAAAGCCCUGAGACAGGAGUUCCAGAAUGCCCAAAGAGCCCAGCAAGCGGCCGGAGGAGGCAGACAGGGAGCCAAGAGGGCGGCCAGCGACAGCAUGAUGGGCAUUUCUGUACAGGAAGCAAAACAGAUACUGAAUGUUGACAAACUGGACAAAGAACUUGUUGAAAAGAAUUAUGCACACCUUUUUGAUGUGAAUGACAAGAAAAAAGGAGGAUCAUUCUACUUGCAAUCAAAGGUCUAUAGAGCAAAGGAAAGACUGGAUGAGGAGCUGAGACAGGAGGAAGUCAAGUCAACAGAAAAGAAACAGAAGGAAGAUUCCGAGUCAUGACAAUAUGGGGAACUUCAUUGGGGUCAUCAUCAGAGGGUUGGGAGUGGACGUGGCUUGGGAUGUGUUAUUUGAAGGUCACUAGAUCUUCAGGAACUUGGGACUGAACGGGAUAUUGAGAAUCUUGUGUAAAUAUUUGAAGCUCAUGAUGAUGUACAGAACUGUAGAUUGUACAUGUGCAAAGCUCCAUAGAUAGUUACUACAAGUUUUACCUUUGAUCAACAAUUUAGGUUGCCCCUACCCUACCCAACAUUGGAAUGUUUCCUCAGGUGCCAUAGAGCACUGCAGCAAUGAAGUUGUCCAGUGGCCUUGGUUUGCCCACAGUUGCCAAAUUCAAGCUGAGCAGUGAACAUCAAGUUUUCCUUUCAGGAAGGGAAUAUCCAGUUUGAGUGUAUUCUUACCAGAAAGAAUUUAAAAUGCCCAAAAGGUGUUUAAUGAAAUUGUCCUUGGGGGAUUUUCUUGAAGUUGUAACACAUGAUAUAAUAUGUAUUGUCUUUCAUAUGGUAGAUUCUGCCACUGAUUUCCCUAACUGCUAUGUGGAGUAUUUGCAGUAUCACAACAUCUAAAUAUAUUAUAUGUAGGUCAAUGUUCAUAUGAUGUCUACAAGAAUAAAUCAGUUUUAUAUUUA